AUGGGCUCAACGCUGCUUCUGCUGAUUGCAUUGGAUCGGUUGUUGUGCGUUUGUAAGCCCGCAUUGUAAGUGAUACAACGAAUGGUUUAUGCAGAAAGAAGUUUUGUCGGAAUACGUGCAUACGUAACGAUUCCAAUGGUCCCAACCUCAUAUGCGUGUUUGUAGAUACGAACGGUUGAACACACCGUUCUACGCCCCGACUGCACUAAUUGUUGCUUGCAUGCCCCCAGUUUGGAUUUCCGUUCAUGCUUACUACGAAAUGAUACAAGCACCGAACGACCCAGUCCCCUGUGUGAUCACUGGUGGCUUGCUUCCCAAAACGAUUGAGCUUUUCUUCGUCCUUAACGGCGUUAUUAUCACCACCUCCAUGUUCACGUACGUCAUUAUUUGGAUCUUCGUGAAGAUGAAGAAUUACACAGCUUCGAAGCAAAUGUUACGUUCUAUUACAACCGUCAGUUUGUGUGUUAUUGGGGGAUGGUUUAUCACGAUGAAUGCCGGAAACGUUUAUAAAUUUUUUGGAAUCCAAUUGACCUCGAUCGUCAUACAGUACAAUGGUCAAGUGUUGAAUUUGUCGGUCAGUCUGAACUAUGUGAUCUACUUUAUAAUGAGGUGAGCAACAAAGACAGUGUGCAAUUUUUCGGCCGGAUUUGAAUUGACUAUAACUUUUUGGGUUUUUGACCAAAUGUUAAAAUUCUUUUUUUCGUGAGUCCUCAGACGUCCUCAUUUUGUUUAAUACCAAAUAUGUUAUGUAUACAGGGCCCUAGUUCAUCUUAAAUCAGCAUUUUAGUCGUGACUACCGAAGUGCGUUCAUUCGACAAUGGAGAAUAAUGUCGUGUGGAAUGUUGCAGUGUGCCAGCUUCCAAGCGAAGGACAAAAGCAAGUUCUCCGUCGCCGGGAAGACCUAUUCAAAAUCUUAG